AUAGAAACUUCCUAAAACUCGAAAACCAUAGAUCUUACUACCCAUCAUGUCCAUCAGUGUCCCUAAAUAUCUCUAUAAUACAGUCAGGCUGUAUACUCAAUCUCGUCCAAUCGCCAAGACCUAAAAGCCGUGAAUUCCAGUCCCAAAAACAAGAAAACCCCCAGUCGGAACACCUAAAUAAACGGCAACCAACCGGCGAGCUAAUCUCGCCCCCUCCCUGUUGUAACAAUAUUUCAGCAGGUUAAAUCGCAUCAGAUCUCGCAGGUUAGUCUUGUAAAGAAUAACAGCGGUUGUUUUGACAACUGCGACAGCGGUAUAUAACCAGCGUUGAUCGUCCCGUUGGGCAUCAAUCAGCGAAGCUGCGUCGAACAUGAAGAUCCCAGCAUUACUCGUGACGUCUCUGCUCGUGUGGGGGCUGGCCGAGGGCCGCAUUAUUGUGGGCAAAGGAGGCGAGGGCCUGGAGAAGUCGGUGCAUGUCGGUUCAGCUCGGCUGGUGGGCGAUGGGUCAGACUCGUCCGGAGUUUCGGUGCAGAAUGCCUUGAACGUGGUCAGAGCAGGAGAAACGGUCGGAUUGAACGUGGACUUGAGCGCUGCGGCAAGAACCGCAGCUUCGGCGGCCGCUUCGCAAGCUGCUGACACGGAGAACGCCGAGGCCGGCGCAAAAGCAGCGACGCUGAUGGCGAUAGCUAAGAGAGAGCAAGCUAUCAAGUUGAGCGAGAUCGCGCGCGGGAAGCUGACGGAUGCCGCGAAAGCCGCUGAAGCCCUGGUAUCCGCUGCAAGAAGAGCAGCCGAGCUGACGGCUGCAGCAAAGGCGGCCGCACAGGCUUCGGCAUCCGCGGCAGACGCUGCUGCUCAGGCCCAGGUGAAGGCCAACGCAGACUCCAUCAUCGCAAAGAAGGCCCAGGCUGCCGAGGCCCAGGCUGCUGCCGAAGCUGCCGCCAAAGCGGAAAUGGCCAAGAAAGCCGCAGCCAUUCUCUUGGCCAAGGCUCAAAACGCCGCCAAAGAAGAAGCCGAGGCCACCAAACUCGCGGCUAUCGCGGAAGUUGCCAUCUCGCGAGCUAGAAACGCCGUCGAGAAGGCUCAAGGUGCACAGGCUGCAGCCACCUCUCAAGCUUCCGCCGCUGUUCGCCUCGAGGCUAGAGCUGCGAACGCAGAGGCCGACGCCGUGGGCCGACUCGAGGCCCUUCUGGCCACCUCGGAGGCUGUCGCCGCCGGCGAAUCGCAAGCCUCGGCUAAAGCCUCGUCGGAAGCGAAGAUUAUCACCGACCAAAAGUCAGAGGUCGAGGAUAAAGGGUGGAAGUCCGACUAAGGAUAAGAGUUGACGAAGAGCGAGGAAAUUAGGGGGCCAUCAUUGGAGAAGAGCUGAGAGAGUUACUGGAUCAUCAUCGUUGUUAUCUGGCACAGAUGCGAUUACUUUUGGAAUAAUUUGAUUUAAUUAUGAGAGAUUUACUUGUGGGCUCGAUUAUGGAGACGAUAAAUGAUUAACAGCUGAUAUUCGGCCGUGUAAUGUAUUAGCGGAAAUAAAUUGUCGUAGCAACCCGAUCGUCGAUUCUUUUUUUCGUAUUUCUCCCUGUAUUUGGCUUCCCUCAAGUUCUUUGAUACUAUGCAGUAUGAAAUGUGUAAUAAAGUUGUUCGUAUCUUAAGUAUGUUGAGUUUCAUCUUGAUAUAUCCUGGGACUAUUCAUCCGAAUUAUUUUUCGAGAUCUUAAUCCUAUCGUGUAUGGGAACAGCUGCAUCUUUCUUAAGCGCCGUUGAUUAAAUCUGAUCAUGAUAUAUGCUUAUGAGCAUGUGUUUAAUUAAAUAUUUCAUAACUCGCUGACGGCAAUAUCCGGAGCUCCUGAUAAAUUCAUAUAAAGGAGAUGAUUGAUGAUAGUGAUAACGGUAUUAAAAAAGAAUAAUUGCACUAGGUUUUUUCUCUUUAGCGUGACAUCAUCUUGAUCCUAGUCUUCCAAUUUCACAGUUAGUUAUUUUGUAAAUGUGAAGUAUGCUAGCAAAAUAGUAUUAAUUAGCGUGACGACCUCAUAUACUUGUAAUUAUUAUUUUCAGCUGCUAAUGUUAUUCUCACCAUACUGUUAACUUCGUAGAAUGAAAACUGGGUUUGACUAGGGUCAAAAUGUAACCAUACUAUAGUAAGAACAAAGAAAGAAAGGAAAAUGGUAAAGAAGCGAAAUUUAACAUUG